UGAAAAAUACAAACAACAAACGUGUUGUGUCGUAUUUUUUAGACUAACUUCUAAAUAAAAAACGUAAUUAACUCUUUAAUAUUGUAUUUAAUACAGGAGCCGUGCUUUUCACAUUUUUUGUACAUUUUAGUUCGUCAAAAUCCGCUCCGGCAUUAGUUUUCUGCACCGAUUAUCCUUCCAUCACAUGCUCACGCAUGGAUCAUAUACGAGAAAUAGACUGGUGCUAUAAUGAGAGGGACUCUGAACAUUUCCUGACUGACCGGGACAUAGACAACUCUUGCACGGAGAGGAUCCUCCGCAACCGGUUCACUGACCCGCUGCUCUCCAGCGACUCCGAGGAUGAGACCAGGAAACCCAUCAACUGGAGUGCUGUGUUCUCUAAUCCGCAGGCGCAAGACAGAAACAACAGAACAUUUGUGCCGGGCUUCCGGCCAGUCCCACACUUUCCGAAGCUGUCCGCACUGUCGCAGGUGCAACACUUCAACCUGCUGAAGGUGCUCUGCUCCAUGUAUCCUGAUGUUCUGGAGGCGGAGUUCAUACCCAGACCCACCAAGCUGGACCAUAGACUUUUUGAGGACCUAAAAGACAAGUAUGAAGGAGAACAGAAGGAAUUCAAAGAGUGGGCUCGGGCUCUCUGGACAAGCACACACUGCAUCCGUGCGCUGAGACCGAAACCCCUUGUAGAGAUGGUUUAUGAUGCAGAGUUUCGCAUGAAGGUCACCGAACUGGCCUCCUUGCCCAAGAAAUAUGACAUGGCUGCCCAGAUACCACUUGUAACACAGGGGGGACAAUUUGAACUUGUACAUAAAAAGGAUUUGAUUAAAGUGAACCUGUCAGAGCUGCCGCAAGUCCAGGUGCAGGAGCUGUUCACUCGCAAGACCAACAUCAUGCGCGCGAGCACGCUGCCCGAGCCGUGCGCGCGCCACCCCUGCCGGCUGCUGCUGCCUAAUGAGACCUCAGUCUCCGUGCUGCCCUACACGGAGGUCCAGCAUCAACUGUGCCAGUACGCGGGGUCUCUGGGCGCGCGGUUCAUAGUGAGCGGCGGCGCGCUGCCGGCGCUAGCCUGCGCCGCGCGCCCGCACGCGCUGCCCGCGGCCGUGCACCGGGUGCCUGGGCCCGACGGUGAGCCGAUGACAGUGGUGUGCAUCGGCAGCGACUUCUCGACACACCGGGAGUCGUCUCAGACAAGGACUUACAAGGCGUUCAAGCAUCUACUGCAGUACACACUGGUUCCUCCAGAAGAGCGUCAGAGGAUCCAGAAGCUCUGGCUGAAGUCGGAGGCGGAGCGGCUCGCGGCGGAAGAAGAGCCGCUGACGGUGGUGGUGCUGGCCGACAGCGGCGCCGACAGCGGGGACGACGAGCCACUAGUCAUUGACAUGGAUGACAUGCAAGUGGAUAAUGAUAUGAAAGCAGAGCCGUGCACGCCGCGACGGAGCACCGAGUGCGAGAUUGACGCCCACACGCCGCGUGCCGAGUGCGAGAUGGAACCCCUCAUAACCCAGCAAGAAGAGGUGGUGAUGCCAGGAGGUGAUGAAGUGUCCGGGGAAGGCGCGGGGAUGCUAGAUGUGCCCACACUGCCUGAUAUGGUGUCGUGCUCUUGUGAAGACUCAUCGAUGGAGCGGCCGCCGCUCCGCUCGUACAGGCGGUGGCAAGUCGUCAACAAGAGCGACGGAGACAGCAUCGAUCUGAUCGUGCACUGCUCACACAAACUCAAAGGUAAAUCGGGCGAGCUACUAGUAGAGCCCUCUCCCGAAUACCAACUGGAGCUGGGCGCCGCGCGGCCGCCCCGCGACCAGCUGCGGGCGCUGGCGCUCGCGCUGUGUCUGAGGAGAAAUGCCACGCUCAUGAAUGUCCGCGUAGACGGCACAAGCGGCGACCUGGUGACCUGCGAGCUGGCGACCCUGGCCGACCUGACGACCCAGCACCCCGGCCUCAUGGAGGAAGCGGCCAACAUAGUGUACUCUACACUGAACCAUCUGCAGGGCUUACUGCCGGGGCAGUACUUGUUGAAGCAUGAGCCGGAGCACGGUCAGAACGCUCUGCUCUACGUGGCGACCUCUGCCGGCCGCGGCGACCCACUGACGCUGCAGUUUGACAUGACGCAGCUCGCGGAGACCGACGAGGCCAAGUGCGUGAAGAGACCGCCCGACCUGGCGCCCGUGCUGCUGCCGAUGCAUAAGUUCCGUCGCAUCCUGCCGCUGGCCUUCUCCCCGUUCCAACAACACGUGGCCAAAGAGACAAAGAAGCCCCCAGCUCGACAGAAGACCCCCCCGCAGGCCAUCAAGUUCGGAGAAGCGGAGCGUUCGGGAAACGGAGGACCUUCCCAGCGUAAGGUACCCGGCAAGCGAAGCGAUCAGUUGUUGAGCACAGUACACGUAAAACCAGAGUUUCCAUUUGUCUCUACCCUCAAAGGCGCACGCAGCUCAAACCUGCGGUUUUUCGAAGAAUGGGUAUCGAUUGGGCGGAUUUGAGAUCAUUUGAGUGUUCCUUUCAUGGGAUGAUUUGAGUAUCCAUUUUGUUAAAUUUUGAGAUAAGUCCCUUUCAUUCUGAGGGUUCAAUAUGUAGAAUAUGGAUUUGGUUGAAAUUUUUUGAUUUAUUAUUUCCUAUCAAUAUUUAGACACUAAAACUCUUCUUAUGUUAUAUCUCUUUUAAAAACUGUAUUAAUUAUUUAUUGAAAGAGGCUACUUAUACCCGCUUAUAAUAUAUAUUUUUAAUACUAUUUUAAUGUUAACGAACUGACUGACUGACCACUUUUAUUUGUAACAACUAGUUAAAUGAAAUGUUUGUUGCAGUGGCCCAAGCGGAAGAAAAACAAGAAGAAAAAGUGAACUGUGGAGUAUUAAAGCAAAUUCAAAUU